AUGCUAGUGAAUGGGAAGUACAGCGACGCAUUCUCCUGGGAAAAGAAGAUCGAGCAGGCCCUCUCCCAACUCGACAACCUCGAGGCCUACAUCAAAAAGACCGUUGCCGAACUCCCCGACGAGCCUGGUCUCAUCGUUGAAGUUAUUAUCGACACCUGCUGGACGAAUAACAUUCUCGUGGCAGCGCUUGAUAAAGCAUGA